CCGCGUCCCAGGCGACGAAAUGGCGGAGCCGCUGUGGAGCGCGGAGGCGGGCGGCGGGCUGUACCGCUCCCGGGACCCCGUGCGCAACCUGCGGCUGCGGGUCGCCAUCCAACGGGUGACCACCGCCGGGCCCUUCCCGCCGCAGGCCGCGCCGUCCCCGAGCGGCGGCCCCGAGCUGCUGGAGCUGCGCGCCCGCACCGCGCACGGUGCUGCCGGGCGGCCCCCGGCCGAGGAGGAGCGGGCCGAGGUGGGCUGGCAGCAGAAGCUCUUCAGCCAGUUUGAGGUGGAUCUGUACCAAAAUGAAUCCGCCUGCCAGACUCCCCUGGACCGGCAGUACCACGAAGAGAUCCUGAGGCUGGAGAAGGCUGGCGGUCGGAAGAACCACCGCAUCUUCACCUACACCGAUCACGACCGAUUCACCAACCUAGAGGAGCGCUGCCAGAAGGUAACUGACUCAGACUGUGAGAUGCCAUCAUAUCUGGCAGAGAGGAUGGCCAAUGUGAGGAGGAGAAGACAGGACCGUAAGCCACUAGAAACGAGUUCUCUCAAGUCAAAAAUCAUCACCUGGGAGCCCUCAGAAGAAUUUAUAAAGAACAAUCAUGUGAUUAACACUCCUGUUCAGACUAUGUACAUCAUGGGGGACUUGGGACCUUAUGGGAAGCUUGGUCAGAGGGAAUACGAACACGUUCUUUGUACAAUCAAGGUGGAUGGCAAUGGGGUGAUCACAGUGAAGCCUGACUUUACUGGCACCAGGGGAGCCUACUGGAUUGAGCUGGGCGGACAGAAGCGAGAGUUGUGGAAAUACACCAUUGAGAAUGCAUCUGUGCAAGUGCAGCAGGAGGAGGAGGAGCGUGAGCAGCGUGUGUUCAGAGAUCUGUACAGUCGGCACAGAGAGUACCUCAGCAGCCUGGUAGGCUCAGAAUUUGAGAUGACUCUUCCUGGUACACUGCGGCUUUUUGUGAAUGGAGAAGUAGUUUCAGCUCAAGGCUAUGAGUAUGACAACCUUUAUGUUCAUUUCUUUCUAGAGCUGCCUAAAUACUGGUCAAGCCCUGCAUUUCAGCAGCUGUCAGGAGUGACUCAGACCUGUGCCACCAAGACAGUGGGCUGGGAUAACGUGGCGUACUUCUGCUACCCCUUCACUUUGGAGAUGUUUUUUACCCAAGAGGACGAAUCAGAAGACUGUCUCCCUCAGUGGCCCAUUCUCUACUUUGAGGUUCUGUCCCUGGAUUUCUGGCAGAGGUAUCGUGUUGAAGGAUAUGGUUCUUUGGUGCUGCCAGCAUCUCCAGGUCUCCACAUGCUCACCAUCCCUACCUGGCGCCCUGUAGAGCUGGGUACAGUUGCUGAGAUGAGGAGAUUUUUCAUUGGUGGGUCUCCUGAGCUGGAGGACAUGACCUACGCCAGGAUACCAACAACCUUCAAGGGAAAGCAUCUGAGCCGCUUUGGUUUUCGCACAGAGACAACAGGGAAUGUCACGUUCCGGCUUUACUGCCUGCAGCAGUCCAAAGCCUUUCUGGAAACCAGUGCCUUGAGGCAUCACAUGCAGAGUGUUCUGGACCGGCUUGGAGGCUUCAGCCAGCAGAGCUCUGUCUACAAUGUUUUGGAGGCUUUCCAGCGGGCUCGGCGCCGGAUGCAGGAGGCCCGUGAGAGCCUUCCCCAGGACCUCAUCAGCACCUCUGCCUCCAGCGUGCAGCAGCCACAGGAACCCUGACUGACAGACUGACAGCCUCUUCUCCAUGGCCUGGGGGCAGCCCACAUCUCUCUGACAGACGCUCCCAGUAGUCUGGGCAGUAGUCUGUAGCACAUCCAUUCUGAGAAUUGUUGUGUUUCCACAGGUAUGCUGUUGUUUCGAGGCAUUUUGUUACCAGGCCCUAAUGAUGGAGCCAGUUGUUCAUGUUACUGCUGAGCAGACUAGAAUACUUCCAUGAGACCUGUGGACUUUUUGAAUACUGAAUUAUAAGUGAUUAGAAAAAUUUCAAAUCUACUUGACUUGAUAGAUUUACUUCUUGAAGAAGAAAGUGAUGUUGAAGGUCAGGGUAUGAAUGUUGUUUGAGAUUUAAUUAAAUGAAUAGUUAACUUAAUGAUGGUUGUCAUCAGCAUUUGUAGCUCUAGGUCAGUUUUCAGUAAAAUGAAUCUGACCACCUGUGA